AGAGUAGGCAAGAUUUUGUCCUACAAAAGGCUGGGAGGGCACUACGGUCUUUCAGAUAUUUUAUCACACAGAAAUAUUUGAAAGAUCCUGAUGCUGAAUUUGUAGCUUGAGUUCCUCCUUUAUUACAGCCUUUGGUAAAACAAGAGGAUUGAGAUGCUUUUGUUGCCUCACGGCAUGAAAAGGAAUUCAAGGAAUUAAGUACACAGAAUAAGGAGAGAGUAGCGAAGAACGAAUAUCCUUAUAGAGCAGGGAGGUUAGGGUAUGCAGGCAUUGAGCAGAAACAAUUAGAGGAGGAGGGAUCAAAGGUUACCAUAUCCCGCCAUAAGCUCUGGGCAUUGGCACGCACUAAUAAAGAAGGAAUUAUUGACAACCCCUACGUGAAGGAGGUUACUGAAAAGAUUGAUUCCAUCUCUUAGGAAGUCUCACAGGGCAACCUUCCUGAGGAUGAGGAUAUCUUAGCUAGGGCGUUGGGAACUGCUAACCACCUUGGUCAUGUCAGGGGUGUUGGCUUCGGAGUCACGAAGAAGCAAUAUUUUGGCAAGAUAAAAAAGCGAACAUCAGCUUCUUUAUCUGAGGUCCAAGAGCUGAGAGAAGAGCAAGUCGUUAUGAAGCAGAAACUACUAGCCCAGGUAGCAUUAAUUGACAUGUUGUUGAAAGGGCAAGUUCUUGGGAGGACUUUGGGUGAGAUUAGCCCUAGUCAGAAAGAUAGCUGCACAGUCCCCUCAGAAAAACUACUUGAGGGCGAGAAUGAUUGCAAUUGUUUGACAGACACUCCUGAACAUAGAGUGGUUGCAACAGGACGUGUGUACAACAUUCCCGGGGACACAAUCCAUAAUCAUCCCCUCUCGUCCGACUGUGUUGGAGUUUCUCUACUUAUUGCCAUCGACCCCAACUAUCCAUUGCCUGUUCCUACUGAUGAGGCACAGAUGGUAGGGGAAGCAGUAGGGAGCUUCGUUGCAUGGCCUAGCCACCUUGUAAUAGUGGUAACACCAAAGCCGGCAAAGGACCCAUUGCCUCCAAAGAAAAAGGGAAGAGCAAGCUAAAAGGUAAGUCAGGCCAUACCAAAAAGUCAGCCACAGUUUUGCAAUAUCCAGCAGCACUGGUGCCAACUGUAGAAUACAAAUAUUGUGCCUGUCUUGAGACAUAUGCGAUGGCUACGAGGAUGGCUCGUCAAGUUGCGAUUGGGGAUAUCAUUAGUUUUGAUGAUGGGCUGUAUGGAAGACCGAGCUUGUUUAAAGUUGUUCGGGAUGAAAUUUUGAAUGAAAUUCUCAAGCACGAAAUGGCCAGUACUAGUCUGAUGAGCUUCUACAUGAGCCACCUUUAUACCUCAUUUGUGGUUCCUGGCGGCCUUGAGUCGAGAUUCAAGCUGAUUAAUCCCCACGAUGUCUCUGCUUAUAAUGGAAUUACAAAGGAAGCUUUUGAAGAUCAAGCAAGGCAGUUUUCAAAUCAAUUUAAGGAUAGGGGAGCAAGUAAUGAUACUUUAUUUCUUGCUUCUUACUGUCAAGGGGGGCACUGGAUGCUUAUUGUGGUUAACCCUAUUGCUUCAAAAAUUUGGUAUCUUGAUCCUCUUAACAAAGAACCAAGCAAUAGGCCAGAUAUGGUAGAACUUUUUAAUAAAGCUGUGGUCUUGUAUCGAACUGCGAUCAACAAGACCUUGUCCCCUAGCUUAAGGGUAUUGGACUCUUGUGAGACAUGGGUCACAGUUAAGUGUUCACUCCAGCCAGAUCAAAGCAAUGACUGUGGCUAUUGCUUGAUGAGAUUCUUAAAGGACAUUAUCACCCAUGCUCCUACCACAUUACCUAACAAGUACUUCGAGGAUGCCUACUGUAUUCAGUAUGCAGCUGUGCAUAUAGAGGAAACCCUUGAAGAGGUAGCUCAGGCUGUGUUUAACAUGUGGAUAGCAGCAGUGGUUAGGCCUAAUUAGUUUUGGUGUACACAUUUAUUUUUUUGGUCAAUUUUAUGUUUGAGGCCAAUUAAUUUUAAAAUUUAAACUUGUAAAGUAGGUAAAGUUAUAGAUUUUUUUAUGGCAUCGGGUUUAG